CCCGAAAAGUGAAGGCCCAUUUUUUAAUUUUCUGUUUCCAUCGAAAGCGUUUGUUUGUGUAUUCGGCUGCCUGAUUUCCGAUUCCCCGAUACAGAGACGAGACGCCGACGGAUUCGAAAAUGGCCAAGUUUCUUCAAUCCUAUGGAUAUGAUUUGAUUCUGGGAUCUGUAGCUGCAAUUUAUGUGGUCAUGGCACCAUAUACUAAGGUGGAAGAGAGCUUCAACGUACAGUCAAUGCACGACAUUCUUUACCAUCGCCAUCAUUUGGACUCUUAUGAUCAUUUGGAGUUCCCUGGUGUUGUCCCUCGAACUUUUAUUGGAGCCUUCAUUGUCUCUGUUUUUGCAUCACCUGUUGUAUCAAUUAUCAGCUGGCUUGGCUUCCCCAAGGUUUAUAGCCUUGUUGCAGCUCGUUUGGUUUUGGGCUGCAUCAUAUUGUCCACACUAAGAUUUUUCCGGAUUCAGAUAAGAAAUAAGUUUGGACAUCAAGUGGAAACUUUCUUUGUCCUUUUCACCAGUCUUCAGUUUCAUUUUCUUUUCUACUGCACUCGUCCUCUACCUAAUAUUCUAGCUUUGGGAUUAGUUAAUCUGGCAUAUGGUAAUUGGUUAAAGGGAAACUUUUAUCCAGCUUUGAGUUUCCUGAUUUUUGCCACUGUAAUCUUCAGAUGCGAUACGAUGUUACUACUUGGGCCUAUUGGUCUUGAACUUUUAUUGACCAAAUCGAUCUCCUUCUGGAAAGCACUUAAGUAUUGUGUUGGAACCGCUCUGUUGGCCGUAGGUCUUACCAUUUUCGUUGACUCUAUCAUGUGGAAGAAGUGUGUCUGGCCAGAAUUUGAAGUUUUCUGGUUUAACUCCAUUCUAAACCGGAGUUCUGACUGGGGUACACAUUCCAUACAUUGGUACUUCACCUCGGCACUCCCACGGUCUUUACUUGUAGCUUAUCCACUUUCAUUGCUUGGUACUUUAGUUGACAGGAGGGUUCCAUUCUUUAUUCUUCCAGUUUUAUCGUUCGUUAUACUAUACUCUAAACUUCCACACAAGGAACUCCGAUUUAUCAUUAGUUCAGUGCCGAUGUUCAACUUGUCUGCUGCAGUUGCUGCUAGCAGAAUCUACAAUAAUAGGAAGAAAAAGAUUUGGAAACUGGUGAAUAUGGUUAUGCUAGCGUUUUUUGCAAUCAGUGCAGGGUGCACGCUUGUAACAUUCAUGGCAUCUUACUACAAUUAUCCUAGCGGCUAUGCUUUGAAUCGCUUGCAUCAGAUAGGCCAUCCUGCAAAUGUAGCUGGAGGAGAGUGGGUUCACAUAGACACUUUUGGUGCGAUGAAUGGAAUAUCUCGCUUUUGUGAAGAUGCUUUUCCGUGGAGAUACUCAAAAGAAGAAGAGAUAGUAGUGGAGGAGUUGCGAAACCGAAAUUUCACGUACCUGGUGAACGAGCGCCCCUCUGUAGAUGGAUACAAGUGCUUGUUCUAUGAAGAAGGCUUUGAGAGACUUGAGCUGCGGCGAGGCUUCCCUCCCAUUGUCCUGGUAAAAAAGGCCAAAGUAUACGUGCACCGGGAUAUGAAGAAGGAAGAUCCUUUUCAUAAGAAAUGGCCUGGAUUUUUACCAGUUUACCCCUCGUUCUUUUCCCUCUUUUCGUUUAGGAAAACAAAUCAUUCGCUUCGACUUAUCCGAAACCUAACGAGUAACGACGAGAUGCUUCUUCAGGCGGCGGUGCAGAACCGCAAUGUUCCACUGGCUUCUUCCGCCUCCUACUCCCGUCUCCCUCGCUGCAGAUCUCCUGUCGUCUCCGUAGCUCUCUCGAAGAAGACGGCAGCAAUCGUGUGCUCCAUCUCCCAGGUCUAUGGCUACGGCACGGUUGACUACGAGAGAAGGCCGAUUAUCCAGUGGAAUGCCAUCUACAAGAAGAUUUCUCUCAUGGAGAAGCCGGAGCUUGGCGCUGCUUCCGUCUUGAAUCAAUGGGAGAAAGGCGGCCGCAAGCUUACCAAGUGGGAGCUCUGUCGGGUCGUCAAGGAGCUUCGCAAGUACAAGCGUCCCAAUCAAGCUCUCGAGGUGUACGACUGGAUGAACAACAGAGGCGAAAGGUUUCGAUUGUCUGCAAGUGAUGCUGCAAUCCAGCUCGACUUAAUCGGCAAAGUGCGUGGCAUUUCAGACGCCGAACAGUUCUUCCUCACGCUCCCUGAGAAUUUUAAGGACCGGAGAGUUUAUGGUUCCCUCCUCAAUGCCUAUGUGAGGGCCAAGUCGAGAGAAAAGGCUGAAGCCCUGCUCAACACCAUGAGGGACAAAGGAUACGCCCUGCACCCGCUUCCCUUCAACGUCAUGAUGACUCUCUACAUGAACCUUGGGGAGUAUGACAAAGUCGACGCAAUGGUCUUCGAGAUGAAGCAGAAAGAUAUACGUCUCGACAUUUACUCCUACAACAUCUGGCUCUCCUCUUGCGGCUCCUUAGGAUCAGUUGAGAAAAUGGAACUAGUGUAUCAGCAGAUGAAAUCGGAUGUUUCCAUUAAUCCCAACUGGACCACCUUUAGCACAAUGGCCACCAUGUACAUAAAGAUGGGUGAAACUGAGAAAGCCGAAGAUGCCCUGAGGAAGGUUGAAGCAAGGAUUACUGGUCGUAAUCGCAUUCCAUAUCACUACCUCUUGAGUUUGUAUGGCAGCGUUGGUAACAAGAAAGAGCUGUACAGAGUCUGGAACGUCUACAAAUCUGUUGUCCCGAGCAUUCCCAAUUUGGGUUACCAUGCCUUGGUCUCGUCGCUGGUGAGGAUGGGAGACAUUGAAGGGGCCGAGAAGGUAUAUGAGGAAUGGCUUCCAGUCAAGUCUUCUUAUGACCCCAGGAUACCAAAUCUUCUGAUGAAUGUGUAUGUCAAAAACGACCAACUAGAGAAAGCUGAGGGGUUGUUCGACCACAUGGUUGAAAUGGGAGGAAAACCAAGUUCAAGUACGUGGGAGAUUCUAGCUGAUGGUCAUACCAGAAAGAGGUGUAUUCCAGAGGCUUUGAUUUGUCUGAGAAAAGCUUUUUCGGCUGAAGGGUCCAGCAAUUGGAGGCCCAAGGUGUUGAUGCUGUCGGGUUUCUUCAAGCUCUGUGAAGAGGAAUCGGAUGUUACCAGUAAAGAGGCCGUUUUAGAAUUGUUGAGGCAGUCGGGGCAUCUUCAAGACAAAUCUUACCAAGCACUUAUCGAUGUGGACGAAAACAACAGUGAAAUCGAUGCCCAUGAGACCGAUGCGCUUCUAACACAGCUACAAGAUGAUUUGUAAUCAAAUAGUCCUAGAUCUGGCUUUAAAAGACGUAUCUUGUAACCGGAGUCAACCGAGGAAAUGCGAUAUAUAUAAUGUACACAAGAGACUGCCUAGUGAAACAUGAAUGUAAGAGCUGUGUUCUUACAUUUUGUGACAACUAUUUGGAAUUAGUGUUGUUGCUUUAGGGAACUGGAGUAGCCUUUGUGAUUGUUGUUACUUGUUAGACUAAUGGAGGGUAGGCCGUGCUCUUUUAU